AUGAAUGAUAAACAAAAGCAGUCAAAUAAGAUUCGGAAAUUCUGUAAAGAAUACAACAUUGAACUUCACGAUAAACCUUCAUUAUCAUCUAAUUCUCGAUAUGAAGGAACAGAAAAUUAUGAAGCAUCAUUAAAUAAUGAUGGUGGUAUAACAGUUAUCUAUGAACAAAAUGUUGAUAAACAAAUAUUCAAUGAAGUUCAAAUAUUACCAUCUCAAUCAAUUGCAAGUGAUAAACAAACUAUUCAUAAAAGAAAACCAGACGAAAUAUGUGAUCUGGAACAAUCGCCUGAAGAAAACACUCCGGUAACUAAAAAUUUGUCUGAGCUACUCGUCGAAAACAACGGUGAAAUAAAAACAACAUAG